AAAAAUCAGUAAAAGCAUAAAAUAAUUUACAAAAGUAUUAAUUAGGAACAGAUGAUAUAGUACUGUGCUGCUGAUAUAAGUGAGGCCCUGUGAAGCUGGAAGAUAUUUUUGUUGUGGUCCAAAAUUGGCUGAAGCAGACAAAUUAUACUAAAAAGCAGUUUGCUGAUAUAAUCCAUUUGUAUUGGUGUUUGCAACUCAUCAUAGCAAGUGCUCUCUUUGUUUCUAUGCAGAAUAGAAACCAUCAUGUUUCUAGCACAUUAUUCAUUCCUUACUAUCUAAAUACAUUUUCUGCCUUUUUUAUCCUUCAUUUGAGCACAACAGUAUCAGACUUUCACAAGUCAGGAUAUAUUCUUGCACAAGGUUGCCAAAUUAAGCUUCUAGGUAUGGAGAAGCUUCUGAAGCCAUAUGAUAAGGAGUAUAUGAGGAUGGCCAUCUUAAAGCAUGAAGAAACUUUCAAGGAGCAGGUAUAUGAACUUCAUAGGCUGUAUCAUAUGCAGAACAUAUUGAUGAAAAGCUCGGUCGGGAAAAGCAGGCCCAACGGACAGAAACAAGAGAGUUGGAAUUUAAAUUAUCAUCAGAACCAAGAGGCACAAUUUAACCCACAAAGGAAACUAGAUUUAGAACAACCUGCAGCGGCAGGAGCAGAAGAGUUCAUUGCAGACACAGAUGGAGAUGAUGGGGUGCUCGAGAUCAUAGAUGAGAGUGAGAUUGAGUUGACUCUGGGCCCCACCAGAUACAACAACAACAACAGCAACGGAAGGAAGAGAGGAGGAGAGGCAGCAGCACUAACGUUAUCAGAUUCAGCAGGUCCAAGUAGCUUCUCAUCUUCUUGUUCUACAGGAUCAAGCCAUGCAAUAAACAGGAAAAGUAGUUUCUCCGGGAGGACCAAUCAGAGUAGUACACAUGGGCAGCUGCUGCCUGCUGACAUGGCAUCAGGUGGGUACAGAAGAGGUGGAGGGAGUAAAAUCAGCAGCAACAAUGUUAAUGGUGGCGAAGAACAGUUAAGACAGGAUGAGAGGCUAAAACUGCCUCAUUGGCUCUUCCAAGUUUUAAGCUUGAACAUGACUUGAGAUGAUCUGAUAUGAUUUUUAGACCUCUUCUUCUUACUUCUUAACUAAUAUGUGAUUGAUGAUGUUUGGGUGGGCUUCUAAAUAGUUGGUUAAUUUUCUAUUGUGAUGGGUGGAGUUUUUGUAUAAAGAUCAUCAUUUGUCUCCGUUGCUUUAUUUCCAUUUUCAGUUUUAUAAAGAAAUGUAAUGAAUAUAUGAUGAAAUGAAGAUGAGUAGCCACUGAUAGGCGUUACGAGA